AUGACUACCAUGAAAGCAGUUGGCGUUGUCGAAUACGGCCCUGUCGAUAACCUUGAGUCACGUAACGUUGCGCGGCCAGGUGAACCGACUGGCCGUGAUGUUCUGGUCAAAGUCCAGGCGUGCUCUAUCAAUCCCAUCGAUAUCAAAAUAAGAUCUGGAAAAUAUGAUGAUGCUCCAGACUACUACAAGCACGCGCCGAAGGGCUUCCAUAUCAUUGGAUAUGACGGUGCUGGAGCGAUCUUAGAGGUUGGCCCUGAGUGCAAGUUUUUCAAGCCCGGUGACGAAGUUUCAUACGUUGGUGCUACAACGCGUCAAGGUAGCUACUCAGAGUACCAGCUCGUCGGCGAAUUCUCAUGCACUUUGAAGCCCAAGUCGCUGGACUUUGUCCAGGCUGCAAGCUUUGGGUUGACCUUUGGGACGGCUUACCAGUCUCUGUACCACCGGCUGGAGAUCAAACCCAAUGAGAACGUGGGCAUUCUGAUCAUCAAUGGUGCUGGAGGAGUUGGAAGUGCUGCUAUCCAGCUGGCACGCAAUGUCUUGAAUCUACCCGUAGUGGUUGCUACUGCGUCUCGGCCGGAAACCAUAGACUUUUGCAAGAAGAACGGCGCCACACAUGUUAUCAACCACCGAAAAGAUCUUGUGGAGCAAAUCAAGGAUCUGAGCUUGAGCGUUCCAAUCAAGUAUGCCUACAUCUUGGCCAACACUGAGCAGUAUAUCGACGCUAUUGCCAAGAUUUGCAUGCCUUUUGGCAAGGCUUGCACUAUUGUCCAGGCUGAUGUCAGUCUUUAUGGGACUGAAUUUAUGUCAAAAUCAAUUACCUUCGCAUGGGAUUGGCUAGGCUCAGCUGCCUACCAUAAUACAAAUCUCGAGAGUUAUCGUGAAAUCUUUGGUACUAUAGCGCGUCUGAUGGAUAAAAAAAAGCUGGUUCCUACCCUGGGUAAGCGGUACAAGUUGACGCUUGCUGGACUGAAGGAAGCCCAUAGACAGGUCGAGUCUAAAACGACAAUAGGCAAGGUUGGCCUGGGGAUCAAUGAGCCCGGAGAAGGGGCUCCCUUCGUUUGA